UCACAACCUUGGCAGACCCAACGCAACCCAUUCAAAGCCUAAAAUUAAGGUAGUACCAACAACAAAAAUACUGCAACAGCACCACAUAGCUCCUGCUUUUUUCGGCCCCAAGUCUAACCUCUCAUCUCUCUCUCUCUCUCCAAAGACUGUCCCUUUCUCUCUCUAACACAGACGCCACAACAACAAAUGCAAAGACAGAAGAAACAUGAAAACUCCACGCACCCGCCCUCCCUAUCAAAUUACAAAGGAAGAGUCCACACCACCCAACUCUCUCUCUCUUUCUUCAAUGGCCCAGCUGGACCAAAAUUUAUGUGGAAGAAAAACAAAAAAGAAGGAAAGAAAGAAUGGGAAAGAAAAGAAAGAGAAGAUAGAAGUUUUCAAAUGUCCUCCAACCAAACCAACUCUCUCGUAAAAACAUGUUCCCAAGAAUACCCUUCUGCAACCCCCCAAAAAAUCCCCAUCUUCAUCACUGUCGUUCAAAAGAGCAUUAUUUUUCACCGAGCUAUGUGGGCUUUUUUGGGUUUCUUGUCUCGGUCAGAGUUUCACAGAGGAAACAGGGAAAGCAAGAACCUUCUUACCUCCUCCUUAUCUCUCUCUUAUUUUUCUUUCUUGUUACUUUAUCUCCAUCCCGUCUCUCUAGCCUCUUCCUCUCUUCAUUAUUUCUUACUCGUCUCUCAUUCUUUUUGUUAUUUAUCUCUCUUUCUAUCUCUCUCUUUCUCUCUCUCUAUAAUUGCUCGUUCUUGGCUUUUGGGUUCCGUCUUUCUGUGCUCUGAUGAAGAAAACGAAACGGGCUGUUGUUAUGGAGUCUUCUCCAUAUGCUGUGUAUGAGGACCCAAGGACCAGAUUCAAGCACCAGAGUCUUUUGCAGGACUUUGAAGAAUUACAGAAGGAAACAGAGGACAUGAAGAGGAAAUUGCAGAUAAUGAAACAGAAAAAAUUGACCCUUUCCGCGGAAGUCCGAUUUCUGAGGAAACGAUACAAACACUUGAUUGCAAACGAGUCUUCCAACCAACUGCCAAAGCAAGAUUUUGUGCAAACCCAGAAAUUUGAUAUCCGACGCACUAGUACUACAAAUAGAAAGAACUACAGCAAAAAAGAAGCUGCAUUACGGCCACCAGUUCCAGCCCCUGAUUUGAACCGAAAGGAAAGGAUAUACAAUGUGACAGAAGCCCAUUUGCAGAAACCAGCUCUGGUCUUUGACUUGAACCAGAAAGCUAGGACUUUCAAUGGAAAGGGAGCUGCUUUGCAAACUUCUGCACCAAUAUUUGAUAUGAGCCAGAAGGAAAGGAUCUUUAGCGGAAAAGAUGCCACCAAGCGACAGAUGACUCCGGUUUUUGACUUGAACCAGAUUUCGACAGAGGAGGAACUACCAACUGAUUCUGAGCCAUCAAGGAAAAGCUUACUUAGGGUUGGAAGUGAUGAGCAGCACAAUGAUAUGAAGUUAUCGAUUUGUAGGAAUAUCGGAAAUGGAUCCAAUCGAGCAGGGAAAAGGAAGAUUUCAUGGCAAGACCAGGUGGCUUUGAGAGUUUGAGAUCUUGGUUGGUUCAAUUGGUGUUGAAGAUCCUCUAUAUUGCUUGGGGCAAAAAUGGUUACCUUACCAUUCCAUGUUCUUAAUCUUCUUUUCUGUUGUAGAUUUUGGGGCUCUUUCCUCCAGUCAGUGUAAAGAAACAAUAGUUCUAUAGAUUGAAUAUAUAGUUGAAACAAUGGAAUUGAUUGAUGAUCAGGAAUCAAAUGUGUUCGCAUA